GCCAAAUUAAAUACUUAAACAGAGCUUCUCCUUGUUUGAGCUUGCUUACAUUCCAAAAGUAUUCGUACAGAAUCUAAUGUGGCUUUGAUACAGAUGUGAUACCUUCACAAUGUCUCCUAUUCCCAGACACCUUGUCAAACUUACACAAAGAAUCCGCAACCCUGCCCUGCGUAAUCUUACCCUGACUCUGAUUGAAGAAGCCUCCAAGCAACCCGAUCUUGCCCAUUUCACCAAUGCUACACUAAAAAAUCCAACACACACGAGUCACACCGAUACGACACCCCACGCCACGGUCCUAUUCGCAAGCGAGGAGCAAUUCAACAACAAUAAGGCUCAAACUGCCCAUAUCUAUCACGACGCAGAAGGAAACUAUAUUGGUCAUACUCUGUAUCAGGAAAGAGACAACAAACCCUCGGAUGAGUGAGAUAUAAGUAUGACUAGAUGAUGGCUGCUAUAUAACUGGGUUUUUGAUGCAUGAUUAGUGUAGUGGAGAGAAAAGUGUCAUGGUGAUAGGUAUACUCUAAGGGCCUAUAAAUUCACUAGCGGUCGUGGCCGCAGGUCACGACCUACAAUCCCGCAC